ACGGAACCGGGCCGAACCAGCCCGUAAACCGUUGACACUCCUCUAAAUCUCCGCUAUGUUCCUGUGCCCGAGCCUGUCUCUACGUAAAUGAAGCAUUCAGUGGUUUGGCUUUGCUCUCACAGAAAGGCUUAGUGGUGUUUUUGAUGAAGGAUCUUCUUAUGUAUGUGAUUCAGCAACUCAGAUGUGCUCCUUCCCUGCUUGUGGGGUACCAGGGAGAUGUAGGACAUCCCAGCAGAUUACUGGAAGUCUCUUGCAGCUGUAUCUCACCAGUUGAGAGCUGGGAAUUUUGGAUUUUUACCGUCUGCUCUUAGAAUGUAUGUUCUGUCCUAGUUCAAAUUGGCAAGGCCCGAACUCUCUUGAAACACUUCUGCUGGAUGAGCUUUGCCCAAAUGUCAUGCCCUGGGUCUCAAUAUAGGCCUGGCCAGGUGCUUUUUGGCACAGGGACUGAGGGCAAUAGGUUGUGUUAUCUGCCAGCAGAAUGAUGGAGAUUAAAGGGGGAGAAAAGAGGUGACAGAGGAAGGCCUGGGGCACAGCCUGCUAAAAAACAAAACAACAAAAAAAACACAGAACAUGCAGUCUUCUGUUGGUGGACAUCUGGAUCUUGGAAUUUUUCUGCUCCUUCUCCUGGGAGCGUGAGCGAUGCAGAUUUUGUUCUGUAUUGUCACCCAGGCAGGGUGAGAGCAUAAGUGAUGUCUGAUGCUGAUGGAGGAAAAGGACUGUGUGCAAAUGCUGUCAGAUGAGCAGGGUCUAUUGUCAGAGUAAUACAUUCUAAGAUAAGAGUUACAGAAAUCAACUCAUUUACUGCAACUUAAUUUUUCAUCUUUGGAGUAGAUAAAGUGAAAAAUAGAUUUAUCUGGGUAGCAUAACUCUUACUGGUGGUGAUAGGAAAAUUGAUUAUGUAGCUGGGGACCAACAAAGCGAGUGCUGUUCUUAUCACAGUAGACUUGUGUAUUGAGUUGCACUGCGAUUUAGUGCAACAAAUCAGAUUAAGCUCUCCAGAAAUGCUAUCUUGAGUAUGCUUUGCUGUGCAGCAGACUUUGGAAAAUAACUCAAGCAGAGCGACUCUGUGCUUUGGCACAGCACUUCUGUCGGGUAGAAGGGAUAAGGAAAGGCUGAAAGGUGCUGGGAGAGGACUCGGUGAUCCUUAUGGGUCCCUUCCAACUCAGGGUGUUCUAUGACUGGGGGCAGUAAUGGGGCAGUGUGGAUGAAGAGAUAUCCAGGAUGUGCUUUAGCCUAUUGUCAGCUGUUCCUAAACUGGGAAACCUCUUCCAGCUGUAUGGUAAGAUAGAGUUAACGUGGAUGAUGAGGGAGGCUGAAGAGGUGGCUCAGCACCUUGAAAUCCUCCUGCUGAGCUGCAGGUCCUGUGUGAAGCCGGGUGAUGGGUGGCUGUGGCUCUGGGCUAAGGACAGACCUCUGCAGCCCCACAGCUUUUCCCAGUGUGCCCCAUGGCUGGUGGGUUUGUGGUUGGCUAGUGGGGUUUGUUUGGUUGUUUCCUACUCUGUACUUAAAAACUUUUAACCUUAGUGCUAAAGAAAAAUACCAUUGUCUAUUAGUAUGACUGGAACGAAAGAUGAAUUGCGAGUUAGCCUUGAGCGAACUGUCAAUCUGACUUUGAUAGCCCAUCACUUAAAAGGUCCUUUUAUGUUUAUGAAAAAGCAUGACGUCAAAGCCAGGGGAAAAAAUACCAAUUCUUAGGGCUAAACUUGCACGGCUCCAAGAAGAGCUCUUGUGAACUGUUUGUUUCUCUACAUGCGUGGCUAAUUAGCGUAGGUUACUAUAAGUCUGGGCAGUGGCAUUCAAGUGCUUCUGGUUUGGGGCAGCUUUUUCAUGGUGCUUCCAUGCAUGAGUCUCUGACUGGAGUAGCAUAAAAGAAAAGGAUACUGCAGUCACUUCUCUCACAAUCGUAUAAGUAUUAUGCUGGAAAUGCUUGAGUAUAAUCAUUAUCAGGUGCAGACUCACCUUGAGAAUCCAACCAAGUACCAUAUUCAGCAAGCCCAGCGGCAGCAGGUAAAGCAGUACCUCUCUACCACUCUAGCAAAUAAACAUGCCAACCAAGCCCUGAGCUUGCCAUGUCCAAACCAGCCUGGUGAUCAUGUCAUGCCGCCUGGAACUGGGAGCAGCGCACCCAACAGUCCAAUGGCUAUGCUCACCCUCAACUCCAACUGUGAAAAAGAGGGAUUUUAUAAAUUUGAAGAGCAAAGCAGGGUCGAGAGUGAGUGCCCGGCUCUGAAUACCCACUCACGAGCAUCAUGCAUGCAGAUGGAUGAUGUGAUCGAUGACAUAAUUAGUCUGGAAUCAAGUUACAAUGAAGAAAUCCUUGGCUUGAUGGACCCAGCCUUGCAAAUGGCAAAUACGUUACCAGUGUCUGGGAAUUUGAUUGACCUUUAUGGCAACCAAAGCAUGCCUCCUCCAGGACUUAACAUCAGCAACUCCUGUCCAGCUAAUCUUCCUAAUAUAAAAAGGGAGCUCACAGCAUGUAUUUUUCCUACAGAGUCAGAAGCAAGAGCACUGGCUAAGGAGAGGCAAAAGAAAGACAAUCACAACUUGAUUGAACGAAGAAGAAGAUUUAAUAUUAAUGAUCGUAUAAAAGAAUUGGGCACCUUGAUACCCAAGUCAAAUGACCCGGAUAUGCGAUGGAAUAAGGGAACUAUUCUAAAAGCAUCAGUGGACUACAUCCGUAAGCUGCAAAGAGAACAGCAACGCACAAAGGAACUUGAGAACAGACAGAAGAAAUUGGAACAUGCCAACAGGCACCUGCUGCUCAGAAUACAGGAACUUGAGAUGCAAGCUCGGGCACAUGGACUGUCCCUUGUUCCAUCCACAGGCCUUUGCUCCCCUGAUAUGGUCAACAGGGUCAUCAAACAAGAACCUGUGCUGGACAACUGCAACCAAGACCUCAUGCCGCACCACACAGACCUGUCUUGCACUACCACCCUUGAUCUCACUGAUGGUACCAUCACCUUCAGUGACAACCUCGGAAAUGUGACUGAACCAACUGGCACUUACAGUGUUCCUGCAAAAAUGGGAUCCAAACUGGAAGAUAUCUUGAUGGACGAUACCCUCUCCCCUGUAGGAGUAACCGACCCACUGCUUUCUUCUGUGUCUCCUGGUGCAUCAAAAACGAGUAGCAGGCGGAGCAGUGUGAGCAUGGAGGACACUGAUCAUGCUUGUUAGCAAAUACUUGGCACACCUUUCAUAAACUGCUUUGGUUCUUGAUCAGUAGAUUAAAUAUUUUGCCUUUUGUAGAAAUUUUUUGAUUUUUUUUCUUGUGCUUCAUCAGUAGCCCAGUGUGUGCGUGUGUGUAUAUAUUAUAUAUAUAGGAUUUUUUUUAGAAUUUUUGUGAAGAAACUUGUAUAUUCUAUUUUAAAACUACCAAUGCCUCCGAUUAUAUUGUACAGCAUAUGUACAGUAUCUGUGAACUGGAUUCGCCGAGAACUUUUGAACUGGUCAAAUCUACUCAAAGCAAUAGAAUUACAAAUGACGAGUCUGCUUCUGUUCGGGGGGAAGGAGAGUCAUAGAAUUGUAAAUGCAACCUAUUUACGUGGAGACAAAAUGUAAAGUUACAGAAUGUAAAGAUACCAAAAAAGAAGUCCAAUUUGUAAUUGUAUUGAUUUAAUAGUGCUGCCUUAAAGAUACAGUGUCUCUCAAACUUUGAUCCUUAUAGACAAGUAUUUAGGGAAGAAAAAAAGCAAACCACUCUGUUCUAUUCGGAAUACAAGAAAUAACAAAAGUGUUAAGAAAUCCUCUUUGUGUUGAUGGUGAUAUAAAAAGCUCUUGCUGAAAAUGAAAUAGAAAUUACAGGGAGAUGUGAGUCUCUUCCUCAGAGUGCUCUUUGAUUUUACUCUGAGCUGAUUUGGGUUUUCCUUUUGAUCAUGGUACGACUUUCUUUUAGAUUUUAGUUUUGUUUUAUAACAGGCAUUGAUGACUUGCCACCAGUAAACCAAGAAAGGAGCACUAUGGGUUGGUAUGCACUCUUUGGACGAUAAUAAUUGAUAGGUUUUAACAGCUGGGCACAUUACGUUGUACAUAUCUAAUUGGCUUUGUUUUUUUUUAAAUUGCAUUGUACAGUUUAUUCUGAUUUGCAUGGGUUCCUCAGUUACCUUCAGCCUUUCGUUUUAAAUAUAUUUGUAUUUCCUUUGUAAGAAUUUGCCUCUUAAUAUUGCAACAUUUCUUUUUUUGACAUUUUAAAAACUCAUUGGAAGUUUUCUGCGUUCUUUGUAAACACUUGAAAGGAAGCUUUUAUGCAGGGUUCUGUGUUUUAAGAGAGAUUUUGAAAAUAUUUUGUAUAUUACAGUCUCACUUUGAAAAUGUUUUUAAACACGUUUAAGGUAGAGUUCAAAUGUAGAUUAGGUAAUAAACAAAACUUGUAGAGAAACUGAACUUACGUAUUUAUUUUUAGUGAUACAGAAGAAGUAGUAAUAUGCUUGGAAACAUAACUAUGUAGUAGAUAUACCCGUCAUAGUAAUUUGUGUUUUAUUUCAGCACUGGCGCUGACAUUAAAAAAAAACAACAAAAACAACGACAAAAAACAAAAACAAAAAAAAGAGUAAAUUACUGUAUCUGCAAAUAACUGUUACUUGAUAACAAUGUUAUUAAUUUUUAACAUGCAACAAUGUUGUAAAAGUAGUUUGGUGCAUUAUCUACUCAAGUGUAGUCCUAUGCAAUAACAGUAGUUAUACUUGUAUUAUAUCAAGCCUAGAUGUUUUACAGAGAUGACAUAUGGUGUUAGGAGCUAAACUGGUUGAAUGGAUUUCUCAAUAGCAGCCUACAAAUGACUUGCAAGUGGCAGGCAAGCAUAUCUCAUUCAGAAUGAAGUGCCUUAAACUCUAGUUGUAGUCUUCCCCGACUAGCACUGACUGAAGUGUGACAUAGGAGAGAGCAAAGGGUGUUGUUUGUAGGAGGUUGAAGUAUGGCGUGGUGCCUAUGUGUAGAAAACAAGAGCUUCCCAUUCUCCUUUGUGCUACACUGGAAAUGAUAGAGAAUAAAAUAAAAAAAACCUAAAACAACAUAGCAGAACAGUUAAUGACUUGAGUGCCAGUUUGGCAGGCUCUGUAAGGAAACCGUGGUCACAACGGUUGCAGUGUUCAGAACUUCAAUGUGAAUUGACAGGGAUGGGGCAGCACUGUAGCUGGGGAGUUCUGUAGCUGUGCUGGGGCUCCCCGAGCUCUCAGAUGAGCAUUUUUCCUACAAAGGCAUCCUUGGAGUGCCCGGCCCCGUGACUCCUGGUGCUGGCAGCAGCGGUCGUGGGGCUCGGCAGGGUUGCAGCUUUCUGUGAUAGUGCUUUGGGGUUGCUCUGUCCCUGCAUUAGCCUGGAUGCAGCUGCUGGGCUGUGGCUUUUUUGAAGGAGGAACUGGAGUUAUGUGAUAACGAUGCCUCGCCCCAGACAGUUUUUGGAACUGUGUCUUUCCUUUGGUGGGUGAAGCUCUGGCCCGGAGAGGAUGUGCUACAUCCAUCUGGGUACUCAGGGCAGGAGGUGCUCUGUUUCUGCAGCUCCAGGCUGAGUGUGCAGGUAUGAACUUCUGGUGUUGCUGUUUGCUAAUGGUGGCAGGUGAAGAAGAUCAGGGCUGUGACAUGACAUGAUUGUGGCUGUAACACAGGGCUGCAUUACCUUUCCUGUUGGUAAAGGGUACCUUAAAAUGGGGCAGUUCUGUAGUGUUAUGCAGUGAAAUCAGGGUGUGCUCCCAUGGGUGUAGAAACUGAAAACCACUGAGUAUAUUGAAUAAGGCUUUUAGUUUGAUGUCUAUGCUGGUCAUUCAGAAACUGAAGUCUAAACUGUGGUAUACAAAUACUCUUCAUGCUUACAUGAAACCACUGGUACUCAGUGGCAGCCCUGACUUCUGAAUUUUUGGCUCUGUGCUGUGUGGAGGUGAGUUAGGACUCCAAGCUGUUGUAUCAAGAGCUGUGUUUCUUGCUAAAAGUGACAGUGACUGCAGCAGUGGGACCACGCGUUCUGUGUGCUGUGUUGCUCUGGGGUAACACACAACUCAACUGUGACAGUUUGUUGUUCCCCCACCCGUUCCUGUAGGCUGCAGCCCUCUGAGUUUUCUCAUUUUUGAGUGGAGACACGUUCCUUGUGCAGUGGGGGCAUCUCCAGGAGAUGCAGACCUCUUGGGUACUUGGUGAUGUUAUUCCCCUUCUGUGCAUUGUGGGAUGUGUAUGACUGUGAUAUUUUACAGGGGAUACCAAACAGAGGGCAGAGACAGCAAUUAGAGGCAGAGAUGGAGCAAGAUGGACAGUUGUUGUCCCUCUGCCUCUCUGAUGACAUUGUGUGUGACACUGGGCCCUAGGGGUUGGGGUGCUGACCAGUUCUCACUUUGCCAAAGCUAUGCUACCACCAGGAACGUGCAGAGCACCGUGGAGUUCUUCCUUUCUGCUUUUGGCCUAGAAAGCAAUAUUUAACUCUUACAACCUGUAAAAGCAAAAAAGGUACGCAAGGAAAGCACAAAGCACAAAAUAAUGCACUUACGUUUAUAUUUGUUUGACAUAAAAUGCACUGGGGGGGAAGCUGAUGUUGAUAAUAGUAUAAAUACCUAUAUUUCUUGAAGAAGUGACAUUAAUUACUGCCUCUUGCUAUAAUGCUUGGUACUGUAAUGUUGAUAUUCAUCUGCUGUUGACUGCAGCAAUAAUUUGUGUAUGGUCCAUAGCACUGUAAAUUAUGGAUCAAUAUUAAUGUAUCCAAUGAAAUAAUUUGAACUGUUGUUCUUGAUAGAUGGAUUAAAGCAUUUGGUUUUUCACAUA